AUGGUAUCAAGAGAAAAAUCCUUUCACCCCUGGUUCUCCCCCACAGAUCCAUUUGAAGUUCGUCUUGUCGGUGGACUAAACGAUGCUGAAGGCAGAGUAGAGGUACUGUACGAUGGAUCCUGGGGAACCAUCUGUGAUUCGUGGUGGGACCUGAGAGACGCGAGGGUGGUUUGUAGAAUGCUGGGUUUUGAUGGAGCCUUAAAUGCACCGAGAUCUGCAAGGUUUGGUCAGGGCUCUGGUCGUAUCCUGCUAAAGUAUGUCACUUGUGACGGAACUGAAGACAACCUAGCAGAGUGUACUCAUUCAGGGAUUGGACGUUACUCAUGCAGUCAUACAAGGGAUGCAGGAGCCAUCUGCUACUCAGGACUCCAUCCAAAGCCAUUUGAAGUUCGUCUCGUCGGUGGGUCAAACAAUGCUGAAGGCACAGUAGAGAUCAUGCACGAUGGAUCCUGGGAGACAAUCUGUGAUGUUGGCUGGGAUCUGAGAGACGCGAGGGUGAUUUGCAGAAUGCUUGGGUUUGAUGGAGCCUUGGACGCACCGGGAUCUGCACGGUUUGGUCAGGGCUCUGAUCCAUUUCAAGUUCGUCUUGUCAAUGGAUCAAACGAUGCUGAAGGAAGAGUAGAAAUACUUUACGAUGGAUUCUGGGGAACUAUCUGUGAUGACUGGUGGGAUAUAAAAGAUGCGAGGGUUGUUUGUAGAAUGAUGGGGUUCAACGACGCAAUAGCUGCGUCUAUUUCUGCAAGGUUUGGUCAAGGACCUGGCCAUAGUCUUCUGACAUCUCUCGGCUUUCAACUUGUCAAUGGAGCCCAUGGAUAUGAAGGAAGAGUUGAGAUACUACACGAAGGGUCUUGGGGGACUGUAUGCGACGAUUUCUGGGACCUGGACGACGCUAAGGUUGUAUGUCGACAGUUAGGAUUUGAUGGUGCUGUGGCUGCUCUGCCCCGUGCCAGAUUUGGUCAAGGCUCUGGUGAUAUCUUUCUGGAUGGUGUUCAGUGCAACGGGACAAAAACCAGCCUCAGAUACUGCCAGCAUAAGGGGAUAGGUGUUCAUCAUUGUACACACGAGGGGGAUGCCAGCGUUAUAUGUAAACGUGGAGGUUUGAGGACUUACUCGGACAUGAUCACCUCUGAUGAAAUACCGCCAACGUACACAACCAAGCUAGUGCCCAAUGGACACGAAACUACAACAGUUCCAUCAAGACAACAAGGACACAAGGUCAUUACCACGACAUAUCCGCUUAACACAAACAUACGUCUCGUCAACGGCUCCAACAAUGCUGAAGGAAGAGUGGAGAUCUUCUACGGUGGAUCGUGGAUGACCGUUUGUGAUAAAAACUGGGAUCUGUUAGCAGCAAGGGUAGUCUGCAGAAUGCUGGGGUUCGACGGAGCCUUGGAUGCGACACGAUCCGCAAGCUUUGGGCAGGGAUCUGGUGGUAUUCUCUAUGUAAAGUGUUUUGGGACAGAAGACAGCCUGGCAGACUGUUAUCGUGUAUCGGUCGUCUCAUCCUGCAAACAUAAAUUAGAUGCAGGUGCCGUGUGUUACUCAGGAGUCGGUGGCGCCAGCGAUGCUGAAGGCAGAGUAGAAGUACUCUACGAUGGAUCCUGGGGAACUAUCUGUGAUUCAUGGUGGGAUCUGACAGACGCAAGGGUGGUGUGCAGAAUGCUGGGGUUUGAUGGAGCCUUGGACGCACCGGGAUCUGCACGAUUUGGUCAGGGAUCUGGUCGUAGUCUUCUAGGAUAUGUAAAUUGUGAUGGAAAUGAAGACAACGUAGCAGACUGUGCUCAUGCAGGAAUUGGACGUUACUCAUGCAGUCAUACAAGGGAUGCAGGAGCCAUCUGCUACUCAGGACUCCAUCCAAAUCCAUUUAAAGUUCAUCUUGUCGGUGGGUCUAACGAAGCUGAAGGCAGGGUAGAAGUCUUGCAGGACGGAUCCUGGGGAACUGUCUGUGGUGUUGGCUGGGAUCUGAGAGACGCGAGGGUGGUGUGCAGAAUGCUGGGGUUAGACGGCGCCCUGGACGCACCGAGAUCUGCUAAUUUUGGUCAGGGCUCUGGUCGUAUUCUAUUACAGUAUGUCAACUGCGACGGAACAGAAGACAACCUAGCUGAUUGUGCUCAUGCAGGGGUCGAACCUCAUCCAACCCCAUUCCAAGUUCGUCUUGUCAAUGGAUUAAAAGAUGCCGAAGGCAGAGUAGAGGUACUGUACGAUGGAUCCUGGGGAACUAUCUGUGAUUCGUGGUGGGAUCUGAGAGAUGCGAGGGUAGUUUGUAGAAUGAUGGGGUUUGAUGGAGCCUUGGACGCACCGGGAUCUGCUAGGUUUGGUCAGGGCUCUGGUCGUAUCCUGCUAAAGUAUGUCAAUUGUGACGGAACUGAAGACAACCUGGCUGACUGCACUCAUUCAGGGAUUGGACGUUACUCAUGCAGUCAUACAAGGGAUGCUGGAGCCAUCUGCUACUCAGGACUCCAUCCAAAACCAUUUGAAGUUCGUCUUGUCGGUGGGUCUAACGAAGCUGAAGGCAGAGUAGAGGUCAUGUAUGAGGGAUCCUGGGGAACCAUCUGUGAUGACAGCUGGGAUCUGAGAGACGCGAGGGUGGUUUGCAUAAUGCUGGGGUUUGAUGGAGCGUUGAACGCGCCAAGAUCUGCUAGGUUUGGUCAGGGCUCUGGACAUACAAUUCUAGAUGUCCUCGGAUGUGACGGAACAGAAGUAAACUUAGCAGAAUGUGCUCUUGCAUGGGUUGAAAGUUACUCAUGUGGCCAUACAAGGGAUGCAGGCGCUGUUUGUCAUUCGGGAGAUCCAUUUCAAGUUCGUCUUGUCAAUGGAUCAAACGAUGCUGAGGGAAGAGUAGAAGUACUUUACGAAGGAUCCUGGGGAACUAUCUGUGAUGACUCGUGGGAUUUAAAAGAUGCGAGGGUUGUUUGUAGAAUGAUGGGGUUCAACGACGCAACAGCUGCGCCUACUUCUGCAAAGUUUGGUCAAGGACCUGGCCAUAGUCUUCUGACAUCUCUCGGCUGUGGGGGGAAUGAAGAUAGCUUGGCAGAUUGUUUUCAUGCAGGUUUCGACUUGUCAAUGGAGCCGAUGGAUAUGAAGGAAGAGUUGAGAUACUACAUGAAGGGUCUUGGGGACUGUAUGCGACGAUUCAUGGGACCUGAACGACGCUAA